AUGAAGAGUAUCAUUUCGAACCAGAACAGCUUCGUCUCUGACCUGAAUAGCUCUGAGCUGAUCCUCCAGAGCUCUGACGUGAGCAUCAUGGUGUUGGAGGGUCGCGUCAUGGAGGCAGUGUUUUUCUUUACGGGAAUCGGAUUUCGCCUGAAUCUUAUCGACUGCCGCCAGCAGCGUAUCGAGAUUCUCUUCGAUUUUCGUCUUCAGCGUAUCGAUCGCCUCGUCGAUUUUCGCUCCGAGUUUGGACAGGUCCUCCUCCACUUUCGCUUGGAACGCGUCCAAUUCUGUUUCAAGUCUGGCUUUAAUCUACUACCCCUAAGAACUAGAGCUAGAGUAGUCCUAGUAGAGAUCCCUAGCUUUUAG